AUGGUGUUCAACGUUUCCCUUGGGUUUCAGAACUUGCAAGCACAGACAAACAAUCCAAAGACAGAAAAGUUUUCUUUAUUGCUUGGUGAUACUGUUAUUGUUAACGAAAAUAUUCCAGAAGUUGUGACCGUGAUCAGCUCAAAAGCCGUGAAGGAUGUGGCUUACUCGUUCAAUGGGGACGAUGAGGAAGAAGAAGUAAAACCUAAAGCUAAAGCAGAGCCUAAUGGCAGUGAAGCUUUGUUGUCUAAAGCCACUCUCAGAUCAGACAACCAGGAGAUGUCAAAGGAAGAGUUGCGAAGGCAGCAUCAGGCUGAACUCGCUCGCCAGAAAAAUGAAGAAACGGCAAGGAGGUUGGCUGGGGGUGGAUCUGGAGCAGGAGAUGGUCGUGGUGUAGCUAAAACUUCAAGUGAUCUAAUUGCCUAUAAGAAUGUAAAUGAUGUCCCGCCUUCUAGGGAAUUGAUGAUUCAAAUUGAUCAGAGGAAUGAAGCUAUUAUCUUACCGCUCUAUUGGAGCAUGGUUCCAUUCCACGUGGCUACAGUCAAGAGUGUGAGUAGUCAGCAGGAUAACAGAACUUGUUAUAUCAGGAUUAUCUUUAAUGUACCUGGGACAGCAUUCAUUCCUCAUGAUGCAAACUCGAAUUCCCACAAGGCUGUCUAUUUGAAGGAGGUCUCGUUUUGCUCCAAGGACCCGAGACAUAUCAGUGAAGUGGUAAACAUGAUCAAAACUCUCCGGCGGCAGGUUGCGUCGAGGGAAUCAGAGAGGGCAGAGAGAGCCACUUUGGUCACUCAGGAGAAGCUGCAACUGGCGGCUACCAAGUUUAAGCCAAUGCGGUUGUCUGACCUCUGGCUACGCCCUCCAUUUGGAGGAAGAGGUAGAAAGCUUUCUGGUACUCUUGAAGCUCAUGUCAAUGGUUUCCGCUAUUCAACUAGUAAGCCAGAUGAGCGUGUUGAUAUUAUGUAUGGGAAUGUCAAGCAUGCUUUCUUCCAGCCUGCAGAGAAAGAGAUGAUCACACUCUUGCACUUUCACUUGCACAACCACAUUAUGGUGGGCACUAAAAAGACAAAGGAUGUUCAGUUUUAUGUUGAAGUGAUGGACGUGGUGCAGACCCUGGGUGGUGGAAGGAGAUCUAACCAUGAUCCAGAUGAAAUUGAGGAAGAGCAGCGGGAGAGGGAUAGGAAGAACAGGAUUAACAUGGAUUUCUCGUACUUCGUCAACAAAGUGAAUGAUCUAUGGGGGCAACCCCAGUUCAGAGGGAUGGACCUUGAGUUUGACCAGCCACUUAGGGAACUUGGCUUCCACGGUGUGCCGUACAAGGCAUCGGCCUUUAUUGUCCCAACUUCGAGCUGCCUGGUGGAGCUUAUUGAAACACCCUUCUUAGUAGUGUCCUUGAAUGAGAUUGAGAUUGUAAAUCUGGAGCGCGUUGGUCUUGGUCAGAAGAAUUUUGACAUGACAAUUGUGUUUAAAGACUUCAAACGUGAUGUUCUUCGAAUAGACUCGAUUCCCUCAACUGCGCUAGAUGGCAUCAAGGAGUGGUUAGAUACCACAGACCUGAAGUACUAUGAGAGCAGGCUGAACCUGAACUGGAGGUCUAUAUUGAAGACAAUCACAGAUGACCCAGAGAAGUUCAUCGAGGAUGGUGGAUGGGAGUUCCUAAACAUGGAGGUAAGUGACUCUGGGUCUGACGAGUCUGAAGAAUCAGAUCAAGGGUAUGAACCUUCGGAUGGACAGUCGGAGUCUGCAUCAGAUGAGGAUGAGUCAAGUGGUGGAUCACUGGUGGAGUCAGACGAAGAUGAGACUGAAGAGUCAGAAGAAGAGUCAGAUGAGGAGGAAGAGAAGGGGAAGUCAUGGGAGGAGUUGGAGAGAGAGGCUAGCAAUGCAGACAGGGAAAAAGGUAUAGAGUCGGACAGUGAAGAAGAGAGGAAAAGGAGGGAGAUGAAGGCAUUUGGGAAUAGGAGGGAUAGGGGUAGUGGUGGUCCUGCCAAGAGAACCAAGUUGAGGUAG